AUGGCGACAGCAACAGCAUCGGUUAAUAAUACAACAGGAACUUUUAUGUUUCAUCCUCGACCAACCGUUUUUGAACAUCCUAUAACAUAUGAUCUUCCUUCAUUAAAUAAUUCAACAUCAAUAAUAAAUAACAAAUCUGAUAUAAAUGAUUUUUCUCAAUAUUAUAUUACUCUUGAAUCUCGUACAACGAUUCAUAAAUCAGCUAAAGGACCAAUAUCUAUUGCUGAAUGUGAUGUACAAGGAAAAUAUAUUAUUAUUGAAAAUACAAGUCGUUCAAAAAGUAUGGUACUUACUGGUUGGAUUAUACGUCAAGAAAGUGAUAACGGAGAUAUUUUAACAUUUACACUUCCUGAUAAUUAUCUUUUAAGACCAAAUCAUUCAUUAAAAAUUCUUACUAAACCAAAUGAAUCAGAAAGAAAAAAUCAUGAUCUUAUUGCUUCGUCACUGUCUUCAUGGCAUACAGGUUUAAAUUUUGUUACAACAUUGAUCAAUGCCGAAGGCAAGGAUCGUGCUUCAUUAACCAAAAAGACAAUAUUCUCUUGA